AUUAAUGCAAUUUGGAUGACGUUAACGACUGUUGGCAUCGACGUCAUGGCGUGUAUUAGAGCACCAAGAUCCGUCUGUGGAUCGACCGACGACAUCAAGGCUGAUUCGACCCGCAAUGUCAUACAGAUCUAUACCGACUGGGCGAAUUACUAUUUGGAGAGAGGUGGGUGCAAGAGAAGGGUGACAGAUCUUCAGUCGGAUCUUUGUGACGGUGUUCUUCUAGCUGACCUAGUUGAAGCAGUCACCAAUCAAAAGGUGAUUGACGUAAAUAGAAAGCCGAGGAACGCUCAACAAAUGGUCGAGAACGUGAGCCUGUGCGUAGGAGCGCUCCGAGCUCUUGGGGCGGACGUGGGCUCCGUGAAUCCUGGCGAAUUGGCUGCAGGAUCAACCCUCUGGCCGGUCCUCGCCCUUCUUUUCGCCCUCUCGCGAUACAAGCAGAGAGCCAAACAGCUUCAAGACAUGCCUAGAUUGCCGUCUCCGUACAAUAAGCAGUCGGCAGUGGGUGGUGCAGGUGGCGGACCCGGCGCUGGAACGACGAGUAUACCCUUACCUGCCACCGUAGCCGCCACCAGGAGAUGUCCUCCAGACAAGGUUAGGCCCGCUCCGACGCCGACGCAUCAAUCACAACUUGGUAAGUUUCCUUGUUUCAAGCGGAAACUUUGCAAAUUCUACCAACUAUUCAGAUGUUUAAACCUCUGUUUUCGCAGAUCCACGAAAAGCGAAAAAAUGUAUCCGUCAAUGUUAGCUAGAGGAAGUGGAGCUUCGUCUUCCGUUGGCGAGGAAGUCGGAGUCGGAAUAGGAAUGGGCGUAGGCGUUGAACCAUAUUACAGCGUUCCUGUAGGAUCUACCGGGUGUACGGGACAACACUGGUCUCAACCGACGUCUCCAACGCCUACGCACACUUCUCGGCAACCACCUAAUCUUUACCAACACGUGCAUAAGGACGACGAUAUCCACGGUUCUUCUGUAUCUUUGGUAUCGACAGCGAGCAGCCUAUACAGUUCAGCCGAGGAGAAACAGGCACACGAGCUGAGAAAAUUACGACGAGAACUCGUGGACGCUCAAGAGAAGGUUCACUCGUUGACUAGCCAGCUGUCGACAAAUGCCCAUGUAGUGUCCGCGUUCGAGCAAUCUUUGUCCAAUAUGACACAACGUUUACAACAACUUACUGCAACGGCGGAAAAGAAAGAUUCCGAACUUCAAGAAUUAAGAGAAACUAUCGAAAGGCUUCGCAAGCAAAGCGCGGAAGCUGGUUUGAACAACGGACCACCCGCGAACAACGGUCGCCGUCACACCCUCGGCGAUUCCGAUUCUGGAACGACAGGCUGCACCGGCAACAGCAACCAUCAGGGUGCUUCGAUGGCGAGACAGUUGUCCGCGGAUAGCGUCACUUCGUUGAACUCGUUGAGCAGCGCCUGUUCUGCCAGCAGCCAUCACAAGAAGAAAGGCUGGCUUCGUAGCUCGUUUUCAAAGGCUUUCUCGAGAUCACGGAAGAACAGGCAUGGCUCCGUUUCCGACGCCGAAGAUUGCAAGGAGAGCGCUAGCGGAGACCUGAGCGCACCGAACAGCCCUAGAUUGCCGAGCGCCUCCAAACACGACUCUUCCCGAGCUCAAGGCGCUCGAAGUAACGGACAGAAAUCACCUGAAGUGGAGAAUCCAUUGACCGGAAGCAAAAGCAGUUCGGCCUUGUACAAAAAAGAGGACGAAGACGUGGUGGAACUGAAGAAACAGCUCAGGGAAAAGGAUCUUGUGUUAACAGAUAUUAGACUCGAGGCCCUGUCAUCGGCGCAUCAGCUGGAAUCGUUGAAAGACACUGUUAUCAAGAUGAGGAACGAAAUGCUUAAUCUGAAGCAAAACAACGAGCGCCUGCAGAGAUUAGUAACGUCAAAAUCCUUAACAUCCUCCCAGUCGUCACUGCCUAGCGAUCCAGACAGACGUUUCAGCAUGACAGAAGUAGCUUCCACCGUUGCUGCGCUUUCAAAUGGCGAUACCAGUACGACGGCAGACCAGUUAGAAGAUUUAAAUGUACCGGAACACCCAGUUGUCCCAUCAACCACCUCAACUACAGGAGAACCAACUUUGGAACAAGAUACGGAUGGGAAAAGGAUUAACGUUGCCAUUUAUCUAGGUAGCGAGAAAAAUUUCAACUAUAAUCUCGUAACUGGAAGCACGUCGGAUGGCAGCAUCGGUGAACCUCCUCAUUGUAUUAUCGCGAGCGUUUGCAUCAGCAACAAAACUACCUGGGACUCCCUUGAUUCCACUGUAAGGCGAUGCUUCAAGGAGUACGUUUCGAGAGUCGAUCCUGUGACAAACUUGGGUCUGGGAGUCGAAUGCGUCGCUGCUUAUCACCUUGGAGAAGCUUCUAGGUGUACCACGGAUUCCCAGCAUCCAGAGUUGCUUCCUUGCGGUUACUUGAUCGGCCACGUGAAAACCAUUUAUCUGGUGCUUUCCGGUUACUCAUGGCUGGCUGUGGAUACUCUCAUACCACGGUCCAUUGUGCAGCGAUUGAUAUCUCUGCUAACUGAACAUCGUAGAGUCAUUCUGUGCGGACCCAGUGGUACCGGCAAGAGUUAUUUAGCUGGAAAAUUAGCUCAUGCGUUGGUCGACGCCGAUAACGAUACAAAGGAUGCUACGGCGGUAGCCACGUUCAAUGUGGAUCACAAGUCCAGCAAAGAACUCAGGCAAUAUCUCGCGCAUAUCGCCGAAAGAUGUGAUUCAAACGCAGCUGACGAACUACCAAGGGUAAUCAUCCUCGAGAACUUGCAACACGCCGCAUCUUUAGGAGAAUUAUUUAGUGGCCUGCUUGGUACUAGACAUUCAUCUUGUCCAGCUAUUAUUGGCACCAUGAGUCAGGCCACUUGUAGUACCACGAAUCUUCAAUUACAUCACAAUUUUAGGUGGGUGCUUUGCGCUAAUCACAUGGAACCAGUUAAGGGAUUCUUAGGACGUUAUCUCAGGCGGAAGCUGUUGGAACACGAGUUGCGUGAGUGUGGCGGAACUAGAAACGCAGAAAUGGCAGCAGUUGUCGAAUGGUUGCCCCGGGUGUGGCUACAUCUCAACAAGUUCCUAGAAACCCAUAGCAGUUCCGAUGUGACAAUAGGGCCGCGACUAUUUCUGUCCUGUCCGAUGGAAGUAACGGGUUCUCAAGUAUGGUUUACGGACUUAUGGAACUACUCUGUAGUACCUUAUCUGGUAGAAGCAGUCAGAGAAGGAUUAACACUUUACGGUAGACGCGUGAGUGGAAAUGGAAAUGGAGAUUCCUCCUGGGAAGAUCCAGCUCAAUUUAUCACAUCGAGUUAUCCCUGGAUUUCUACGCACGCGGUACACGGUGGUAGCGAUGCUCUUCUUCGUUUGCGACCUGAGGACGUUGGCUACGAUGUUGUUACGUCUGGACACACUUCAGGAGUCGGCGCAUCUAGUGUGAAAAGCCUUGGUAGCACACAUAGCGAUACAGAAGGAGAUCCACUACUGAAUAUGUUGAUGAGGUUACAGGAAGCAGCCAAUUAUUCGAGUCCUCAUAGCAACGACAGUGACUCGGUUACCUCCCUUGACUCGUCGCACACUCGACAGUCCGAAGAUUUAAGUUCAUCGACAUCUUCGUCGAGAGGCGUAGAAUCAGCACUUUAAUUCAAUUCUGCUCUCAUUAAUGAAAAUGAAACACAACUUCUGAAUAUAAUCGUGCAUCAGGCCAGUUUGUAAUAUUCAGUUCGAAGAAUAACAAUUUAUACCUAUUUGGCCGUAUGAGAAUAAAUGCAUACGAAAAUUUGAAAUGAAAAAAAAAGAAGGAAAAGAAUCAAAAAUAAAUUUUGAAUACCUUUAGGAUAUAAAUCUUCUCUUUCUAACUUUUUACGACAAAAAAAUAUCAAAUGUUAAACGAUCGAGCUAUAAGCGAGGACUAAGGUAUUUUCAGCAGUGCGUGAUAUGAUACUCUUUAUGAAACAUGUCCUUCCAUUUGCUCUUACACGAGGCGACGAUGUGCAUUACAAAUGAAAUUAAAAAUGUCGAGAAAAAUUUUUCAAUGCCUACAGCUGGCCUAUAUUUAUUCUAGAUCUUUAUGUGCGUCAUGCACUUCGGUGUGAUAUGUAAUUAAAUAAGUAAGAGACAAGCAAGCGAUACUUCUAUGUUCUUUGAAUAUACCGACGUAUGAACGCAUACGUCGUCACGCGAUGCAAUAACCUACGCUGCCGUUACGGAAGUACGAGUCUAUUUUAAACAGAUACAUUUCUAUGAUCAAAUCAAAUACGAUUAAGUGUAGCUUAACGCGAAUCUACUCGAGAAAUUUGGAUGGAAUAUACAACAGUAUUAUCAUAGGGCGUAAAAAUAAAGGGCUUCGAACUGAGCCAAGAUUUAGGAUCGAGGAACCACCAUUCCUCACGUCCACUACUUUCAGGUAAUAGCUUAUCGUAUUCGAUAUACGGAUCUCAUGGACGGACCGCUCAACAGAGUAUUGUUUCGCCUUCAGAAAUACAGCGCAGUUCGAAGUGAGUAUGUACUGAUGGGUGUGCGUGCAAAAAUAGUCUAUUUAUACAUACUUUGCUACGAAAUCUCUAUUUAAUUAAAAAAUGUUAAUAUAAUAUAUUAUAUAUAUACACACACAACCUAACGAUGAUGGCGCUAAAUUUAUGUUACGAAUAAAGUUUAUAAUUAGCCAGUAAGAUACGUGAGUAAUAUUCUGGUCAUGUAACAUUGUAAAUACAAAAUACGAAUGGAAUGUACGAUGACGCUAGAUGCAAAUUUGAUUCGAAGUCCCAUAGUAGCCUGCAAGAUCAAUUUUGGUUAUGGCGUGUAAAGUGUAUAAAAGAAAAAAGAGACGGAAAGCAAAGGAAUUGAAUGCUUUAUGUGCAAUUUAUCAGAUUGCAACGUACCAACUGCCAGAAGCCAAAAUAACAGAAAAUAGCACAGGCUACGCCGAAUAUACAUAGUGUACAUGUUUGAUAAACCUUGAAGUCGAUUUCAGAUUUCGAUCAGUAUCACAAUGUCCAUGAGUACGAUGUGCAUGUAAUAAUUAUACAGUCACAUUUACAGGUUUUUUACGUUUGUACCGUAUUUAUACGCUGUACGACGCUGCACUGGACCUUUAUCCAAAUAACGAUAAUUAUUGUGUCAUCAAAUAAAUCACACUAAACUUCA